AUGAAGGCUUUAAUUCUUGUCGGAGGGUUUGGAACCCGUCUACGACCCCUCACACUCACACUGCCAAAACCUCUCGUCGAGUUUGGCAAUCGUCCCAUGAUUCUCCACCAAGUUGAAAGCUUGGCUGCCGCCGGUGUCACUGACAUUGUUUUGGCUGUCAACUACCGGCCAGAUGUCAUGGUGUCAGCAUUGAAGAAGUACGAAGAACAAUAUAACAUCAACAUCGAAUUCUCAGUCGAGUCUGAGCCACUGGGUACCGCAGGUCCCCUGAAAUUGGCAGAAAAGAUUCUCGGCAAGGACGAUUCGCCAUUCUUUGUCCUAAACUCCGACGUCAUUUGCGAAUACCCUUUCAAACAGCUUGCCGAAUUCCAUAAAUCGCACGGCGACGAAGGUACAAUUGUGGUCACCAAGGUCGACGAACCCUCCAAGUACGGUGUCGUUGUUCACAAACCCAAUCACCCGUCGCGAAUCGACCGUUUCGUCGAAAAGCCCGUCGAAUUUGUCGGAAACCGUAUCAAUGCUGGUAUCUAUAUCCUCAACCCAAGCGUCCUAAAGCGUAUUGAAUUGCGCCCAACGUCCAUUGAACAAGAGACUUUCCCCGCCAUUGUCAAAGAGGGGAAAUUGCAUUCCUUCGACCUUGAAGGGUUCUGGAUGGAUGUCGGUCAGCCUAAAGACUUUUUGAGUGGCACUUGCUUGUACCUUACGUCGCUUGCUAAGCGCAACUCAAAGCUUCUUUCACCUUCAUCCGAGCCUUUCGUGCAUGGAGGCAAUGUCAUGGUGGACCCUUCUGCGAAGAUUGGCAAGAACUGUCGUAUUGGACCCAAUGUCGUGAUUGGACCCAACGUAGUCGUUGGCGAUGGAGUGCGACUACAGCGAUGUGUUCUCCUUGAGAACAGUAAAGUCAAGGAUCAUGCCUGGGUGAAGUCAACUAUUGUUGGAUGGAACAGCUCCGUCGGCAAGUGGGCUCGUCUGGAGAAUGUCACUGUACUUGGUGACGAUGUCACAAUCGCCGAUGAGGUUUAUGUCAAUGGAGGUUCUAUUUUACCUCACAAGAGUAUCAAGCAGAACAUUGAUGUACCCGCGAUCAUCAUGUAA